GUUUCUAAUGUUUAUUCCUUAAUUAGAUAAACAAUAAACAAGCAAACAAACAAACAAAACAUGCUUAACAACUAAUACAAAUAUGAUGAUCAUUUGUAAGAUAAUUACAUAACUUGAAAGGUUUCUUUGUGCAAUUACGUAUCUAUCUAUCUAUCCAUCUAUCUAUCUACCAAUCUAUUUAUCUAUGUCAUGUUAGAUGAUUUUAUCAUUAAUCAAAAUCAAAUUGAAUUGAAUACAGUCGAUUUAAAUAUUGACAAUGUUAUUCAUUCAUCAUCAUCAUCACCGUCAUCGUCAUCAUCAUCAUCAUCAUCAUCAUCGUUGUCAUCAUCUUAUGCAAUAUCAUCUGUAGAGAUAUGGGCACUUAUAUUAACAUUUUUAUAUUAUGCAAUAAUGAUUUGUUUAGGUAUAUUAUGUUGGUUAAAUGCUAAACGUAAAUAUAAAAAUCGUCAAAAAUCAAUAGAUAUAUCAACAUGGUCACGUUUUCAUAUUGGUCCUAAUCAAUUACAUAUUAAAUAUACAGAUGAUGAUGGUGAUUCUAUGACUAAUUAAUUAACAUAGUAAACACAAAUUUCAGAUAGAAGUUUGUACUGAUGAUAUAGUUCAGAAGAACAAUGAAAACUCCACAACCAAACAAUCCAGCUCAAAGAACAAAACUCCAUCAAAAUCAUCCAUCUAAGCUACAAAUCUUCUCCAACAUCACGUAAAUGGAGCGUAUAUAUUAUUUUGUACAGAUUAUAUUCAUAGAAAAACAAACCUUCCACUUUAUAUGUUUCUUUAUUAGUUUACUGAAAUCAGUCAGGAUUUAUUAUUCAAUGUCAACUUGUAUAUUAUAUAUAUGUGUAUGUGAUUAGUUCCUGUGUAUAAACAUGGAUAUAUGUGUAAAUUGAAUGGUGUAAUUCCUCCAAACACCCUGGUACGGCCAAGAAUGGCGAGAGUCUGCUGUUCCUCUCAAAAUGCUCUCACAUGGCUAUGUGCAUACAACCACUACCACGGAAGUCCUACUCACUGCCUUCUGAGGUGUUGUUUACAAAAUUGAGAGAACGAAAAGCGAAUAUCCGACUCUUUAACCAGGUUGAUGGACGCGAAUAGUCGACCUAGGAAAGUUGAAAAAACCUCAUUCCAAACCAAUGGUACACAAUGACUCCAACAUCCUGAUGAGAAAACUGGCAUUUGAAAAACUUGUUGGUCACCGGCUACCAUAAGACUGCAUCUUCUAACGUUUCUCUACUACCUUGUGGAUUGGACCAUUAGGUUAAAGGCUCCGGAUGUGGCCCCCAAAAGAAAACCAUCUACUUCGGUUCGGGCACCCAAGCAGUACCCCAACUCUCACAUCAAUCGAAUGAUUUCUGUGGUGCAUAUCUAUUUACUGCCUUCUUUUACCAAUGUUUAUGUGUUUAAAUAAAAUAAGCCAUUGAAGUAACUACUUCUAUGACUUUGAUGUUCAUCUUGUUAUUGUACUAAUAAGUUGUUAUGAGAUAUUACAUUAACAACAACAAGCAAACAAACAAAAAAGAAAAAAAUGUAAAAAAAACACAGAAAAAAUCAAUUAAUUUAACGUCUCCCUCCCCCUUCCUCCUUCUCCUCCUCCUCCCCCCCCUUCCCUAUUUAAUACAUUAUUCCCAUAAUGAG